CGAAGACAUCGACGGCGGAGGUGGAGGCGGCGGCGGCGGCGGCGGCGGCGGAGACGACAACGGUGCUUGCUCGAGGCGGUUGUCAAGAGACCUCUGUAGGGCUUUUCAAUUUUAGUUGAAAGUCUCUCGAUGGCCUUUUGGAAUCAAUUAGCAUAUUUCCAGAGUGGAUUUCAGUUACUCUACAUUUCAUCAAUGUUGCAGUGGAAAGAAAAAGGUGGAAUUGAUUUGGGUUGAAAAGGUUUCAAAAACAUAAUACUAAAUAGUAAUGGCAAGAGUAAUCAUGCAGAUGAGGAGAAAAUCCAGGCUUGGGGUUGACGGAGGACAGCUGAUGAAGAUGCACAGAACUGGAAAGAGCAUCAGGUAUAAGAAAUCAUAAACUCAGAAGGUGAAUAUGGGUGAAAAGAAACCAGAGCCUCUGGACUUUGUGAAGGAUUUUCAGGAAUAUCUCACUCAACAGACCCACCACGUGAACAUGAUCUCUGGAUCAGUUAGUGGGGACAAAGAAGCAGAGGCUCUUCAGGGAGCUGGGACAGAUGGUGAUCAAAAUGGACUUGAUCAUCCAUCUGUUGAAGUGUCCUUGGAUGAAAACUCAGGAAUGCUGGUGGAUGGAUUUGAAAGGACAUUUGAUGGAAAACUAAAAUGUCGAUACUGCAACUAUGCCAGCAAAGGAACAGCACGGCUCAUUGAACAUAUUAGAAUUCACACAGGUGAAAAACCUCAUAGAUGUCACUUAUGUCCAUUUGCAUCAGCUUAUGAGCGUCAUCUGGAAGCCCAUAUGCGUUCCCAUACUGGCGAAAAACCAUACAAAUGUGAAUUAUGUUCCUUCCGCUGCAGUGAUAGAAGUAAUCUUUCUCAUCAUCGUAGACGUAAACAUAAAAUGGUACCAAUUAAAGGUACUAGGUCUUCCUUAAGCAGCAAGAAAAUGUGGGGGGUUUUACAAAAGAAGACUAGCAAUCUAGGGUACAGCAGGAGAGCACUAAUCAAUUUGAGUCCACCUUCCAUGGUGGUUCAGAAACCAGACUACCUGAAUGAUUUUACCCACGAAAUCCCAAAUAUCCAGACUGAUACAUAUGAAAACAUGGGAAAAACGACACAGACUGGUGGCCUGCCAAGGGACCCACAAGAACUCAUGGUUGACAACCCAUUAAAUCAGCUCUCCACUCUAGCAGGACAGUUAUCCAGCUUGCCACCUGAGAAUCAAAACCCAGCAUCUCCUGAUGUUGUUCCGUGCCCUGAUGAAAAGCCUUUUAUGAUUCAGCAGCCCACCACUCCGGCAGUUGUUUCUGCUGUCUCAACAAGUAUUCCUCAGAGCUCAUCUCCUACAAGUCCCGAACCUCGGCCAUCACAUAGUCAGAGGAACUAUAGCCCUGUGGCAGGCCCAAGCAGUGAACGGAGUGCUCACACAAGCACGCCCAGCAUAAGUAACAGCCAGCCCAGCACGCCAGCCCCAGCCCUGCCAGUUCAGGACCCUCAGCUUCUGCAUCACUGCCAGCACUGUGACAUGUACUUUGCAGACAAUAUCCUUUAUACCAUUCACAUGGGAUGUCAUGGGUUUGAAAACCCUUUUCAGUGUAAUAUAUGUGGAUGCAAAUGUAAAAACAAGUAUGAUUUUGCCUGUCAUUUUGCAAGAGGGCAGCAUAACCAGCACUAAUACAAAACAGUCGCAUCAUGCUUUUUUUUGGUCUUGCUUUUCUAAAAUUUCAUGUUUGUAUCAUCCUUAAUGAGGUAUCUACUAAUUUAAGAGAUCAUAUCUUAUGUUUCCAAAUUGUAAAUUUGACAAUGGAGACAAAUUUUUCUUGUCUGGUUAGGGUCAUUUAUGUGUUAGUGAUAAGGUAGAUAGGAUAUAAUUUAGUUUGAAGUCUUUUUUUUCCCCUCUUUGUUCGGUAGAUAAGAAUUGGAGUGCAAUUAUAUUUUAUGAGACUUCAUUUAAUUUUCUUACAUUUAACACCCAUAAACACUUUAUAAUGCUCAUUCAAUCUUCUUAGUAUUUCUAUUUACAUGUUAUUUCAGCUUGUAGAAGUGAUUUUGGUACCUUGUAACUUCUACCAUGUUCUAAAAUGGUGAUUUAAAAAAAACUUACUAAACCAAACCAUUUAAAAUGUUUAGUGGGAGGGCUAUUUUAAAAUUACUUUUAAUUGAUAACUUUAUUCCUAUGUUUUGAAUUCAAGCAACUGUACCAGCUAAACUAACAACGGCUUUAACUGGUUUCAGUUUAGGAAAUUGCCUUUUUGCCCAGGGGAAAAAAAAAGAAUACGCAGUUUCUAAUGUUAAAAAAAAAAUUGUUAUGAAAAAAUUCAAAUACCAUUUUCUUGAAAAGAAAAAAAAAACCCAGCAUCUCAAAUUAGUUAGAAAAUAUAUUGUUUACUUCCAUGAUAAAAAUAAAUAAAAUUUCAUAUUUGUA